ACGGAACGACCAGAGAAGCCAUUUUGGAUUUGAGACUGAAUAGAAAGAUAAAUUAAAACUAUUUUGGGGUACCUUAAUAGUGGUAGUCUGGUACCAUUUGAGCAUUAGAGCAUGCGUCUAUCACUCACAUACGAAUAUUCAUAGCUAUGGCUGAUAGGCGAAAGCUACAAGGAGAAAUCGACAGAUGUCUGAAGAAAGUGGGUGAAGGUGUUGAAACUUUUGAAGACAUUUGGAAUAAGAUAUCCUUGCAGGUGCAUAGUGCUGCAAACACAAAUCAAAAAGAAAAAUAUGAAGCUGAUCUCAAGCGUGAGAUUAAAAAGCUGCAAAGAUUGCGGGACCAGAUUAAAACAUGGUGUGCAAGUAGUGACAUCAAAGAUAAACGAACACUGGUGGAAAACCGGAAGUUGAUUGAAACUCAAAUGGAAAGGUUCAAGAUUGUUGAAAGGGAAACAAAAACAAAAGCCUAUUCAAAGGAAGGCUUAGGGGCUGCUGCAAAAAUGGAUCCAAUUGCAAAGGAAAAGGGAGAUGUUGUAAAUUGGCUCUCAACAACCAUCGAGUCCUUACAAAAACAGCUUGAGCAAUUUGAAAGUCGAAUAGAGCAGCUGUCAUCAAAAAAGAAAAAGAUGGAUAAAGAUACACAGGAUCAAUAUGAAGAACUGCGAGCUGCACAAGAUCGACACAAGUUCCACAUAAAGAAACUUGAAACAAUCAUGAGGAUGGUGGACAAUGAUGCACUACCGUUAGACCAAAUCAAGAAGAUCAAAGAUGAUGUGGAAUACUACGUUGACUCCAACCAAGAUCCUGACUUUGAGGAGAACGAAUUUCUGUAUGACGAUUUAGAUCUUGAUGAUCUAGGUUCACAAGUGCUGGCAUCUUCACCGCCAAACGAUGAUAGCAUAUUGGAUAAAUUAUCAAGUACGCCAACAUCAACAAACUCUAGUUCUCCUUCACCUAGUCCUAGUCUUUCGUUGAAUCAUUCCAAGGACAAGUAUGAAGAGCUGGACAGGAAAAGGCACAAAUCCCAAAAUGAAGAUAAGCAAAAAGCAACAAGUAUAGUAACAUCGUCCAUGUCAUCACCCUCAUCAACAAACUCAUCCUCAUCAAGUGUAACUGUCAACAAAGUACCUACAACUCCUACAAAGAUGUUUACAGGGAAUUCAAUUGCAAAUGCAGAAAGCAAUCAUCGUCCAAGUUCAACGCCACCAUUGACAGCAUAUAAUGUUGCAGCAGCAGUGUCCCAGCAAAACAAUAGUGCAGGUCUAUCUUUCCCACGACUUUUCAACCAUUCUGUGUGGCAGCGCAAUUUAGCUGCCAUGAAGCUAUCAUACUUGUCUGAUCGUUUAAGUCAAGCUGAAACAAAGAUUCAAGCUCCUCUUGACCAUAUUAAUUCUACAAUAAGUAGUGUGCCAGUUACAUCAAACUCAACAAUAACGAACUCUGUCUCUUCAACUGGAAAUCCCGUCUUACCAGCUGUACCGAUCCCAAUGAUAUCAAACAGUGUUAUGUCAUCUUCACCUAACACUAUUGUUUCAAACAGUGCAACAAGUAGUUCCUUAAUGACUUCUUUUCAACAGAACUCAGUGUCUGUCAAACCUGAGAUGCAAGUUGUGAUGAAUGGACCUCUUAGUGCUGUUGGACCAUUACUGAAAGGUGUUACAGAGAAUGAUAUUGAGUCGAUGUCAUCCUUAAAGUCAAUAGCGCAACAGGCUGUGUUAGAUGCGGGUCUAGAAAACAGGAUUCCAACAACGCACACAACAACACUAGAUGCAAGAGUACAUGUACCAUUCAACAAUACAACAUCUACAUCAUCUCAGGUGGCAGCACCUCAGCCCACCUCCCCAUCACCUUCAUCGUCUUCAGACCAGUCACAGCAAGCACAGACCACGACAAUACACCUCAAUCCUCUGUUGGGUGUGGCACCCCUGGGCCCUGUGCCACUAACUAGGGAACACUACUACCAAUUAACGAUGUUAGAAGCAGCAUAUCACCACCUUCCACACCCGUCAGACUCUGAAAGAAUCAGGCAUUAUUUACCACGUAACCCAUGCCCGACUCCUUCCUACUACCCACAACUUUCUCCACCACAUACAGACUCAGUGGAUUAUUUUCAACGAUUAUCAACAGAAUCAUUAUUCUUUAUUUUCUACUACAUGGAGGGUACAAAGGCUCAAUAUCUGGCAGCAAAAGCUCUUAAAAAGCAGUCGUGGCGGUUUCAUACGAAAUAUAUGAUGUGGUUUCAGCGGCAUGAAGAACCAAAGACAAUUACGGAAGAUUUUGAACAGGGCACAUAUAUCUACUUCGAUUACGAGAAAUGGGCCCAGAGAAAAAAAGAAGGAUUUACCUUUGAAUACCGGUAUUUGGAGGAUCGAGAUUUGAACUAAAGAAAGUGUGACAAUCGAAUUCUUAAGAGUUCUGUUUCAUGAAUGAUUCAGUUUCCAUGGAUCUGCUACAACUGCCAAUCAUGAGUGACAUGGACAGGAUGAGUGAGAGGAUGAAGUGUGAAUGGUACAUUGUGAAGAGUACAUUUGUUGAUUUCAACCUCCAUGUACACUCAACUUUAGUGAUCUACCAAUAAGAAAGUAGUGUUUGCCCAUUACCUCCCAAAGUGACAGAUGACAUGCAGUAGCAUGUUGCAGGACAUGUUGACAACAGCCGUGUAGGUUGUCUGUCUAGGCAGCAUAUUGUGAUACACUGUAUAUUGUACUUUAUGAGGCAGGAACCUCUUAGUCUACCUGAUCUCGCUUACUUCUAGGGAGGGUAAAAUGCAAUCUUAUCGUACUCGAUUAUUGUGGUCAUUCUUGAUAGUUGAUGGAAUGUUGAAAUCUUCACAUCACAUCUGUUUAGAGUGUUUGUAGAACUUUUGUUUCCUAGUUUGGGAUUGUGUAGCUGAUUGAGUUUAAAUGACUUUGUGCUCCAUUUGGCUGUUGAAUGUUUUUAUCAUUUCAAGUGUUGGUUGAGAUAUGUGGCAGCUUUGAAAAGAAUCUCAUAUUGCAUUUCAAUUUGGAUUAAUUACAAAAAUUGUUCUACACUUUUCUCAAAUAUUGCUAACCAAAUGAUUUAAUAUAUUGUAAACUAUCUGAAAUUACUCUUUCAAAGUGAAUUUUUCAGUAUUUUUUAUUUUAUUACCCUCAUUUGUAUGGUACUACGGACAAAAUGGUAAUUUUGACAUCACAGUCAUGAUGUUUUAUUUACUGGAUUGUCCUAACCAAAGUGCACUUGCCUGUCUUGUUUGUACAGUUCAUGGCUUGUUCUCAGCCUGACAUCUGUCAUGUCUUGGUAUGUUGUCAUGUUGGGAGCAGGACCACUGUGGUAGUUGUAACGAUACUCAUUCUUUACUGAUAUUUAUUGACAUUGGAAGCCACUGUAGGAUAUGUGCCAAACCUUGAUUACUGUACCGAGAAUCCUGUCUGUAAGUAGAAAUCUAGUCAUGACAGAUAGUCUGCUACACAUAUCAAAACAGAAUUCCUGGGCUAACUACAAUGUUGUAGUGUAUAUCCCACCAGAUAUCACAGUAUUCCCAUGUACUAUGUACAUAGCAUAACACGUAUCAGAUAGAAAAGCAAUCAUUGAGUUAGUGCACAGGUUCUUUUCAUUCAGUUUUCCAUUUCAUUAUUUAAAGUCUUUAUUGCUGCUGUUGAACUGUGAUCCUAAGAUAGGGAGAGAAUCGAUAAGAUAAAUGUGUUUUAAUAGCCUUAUAAUGAUAGCAAGUGCAUUUUUUUUAAUCCUGGCUCAUAUUUCAAACUAAAUUAUAGGGUUUACCUUAUUUGGUGAGGCAGGAGACCCAAUUCAUUUACUGAAACAAUUGCAAAUGUAUCCUGUGUUAAUUGGUUUUAAAUAGUCUGACAAUUAAAUGUGAACAAAAUGCACAUUGCCAGUAUUACUUUUGCAUACAUCUAGGAUUGUAGGGAUCAGUAAUGUAACCCUAUUCCCCAGAUACAUUGGAUUCCUUUUCGUAUGUUACCUAUUUAAGUGAUGUUAUACAUUCAGGGCUGUAAGAGCGUGAUGAAGUGUAUCACUGACUAGCCUAUGUUAUGUAAAUUGGACUAACCUGGGUGGUAGCUGUACCCCAGCAUCCCUGGCUAGUAACAGUUUACAGCCUAGAGCAGGUUUUGUGGUACGAAGGUGGUAUGCAUUGAUCAGCUGUGAUGUAUUGAAAUUUGGUUGAUAGCACAGAGAUUAUUUUCAAUUGUUAACAGAUUUUGUUUUGUCUCAGAAGUGCUGCACCAUUAAAUCUGUUGUGUUGAAUGUUUUAGAAUUUUCACGGACAUUUACUUCAUAGAUGUACAGAACAAUAUAUUGUGGACCAAUGGUCUUUCCCUGUAGAUACAGGCCUGUGUGUAAGAAUUUUUAUGUUGUUUGUGAGAAGGAGUGUGUAUGUUUGUGUGUGUGUGUAAAGACUUGUAGGUGCAAUUCAUAAUAAAAGCCAAUUUUUAAAGUAUAAGUGCGAGUGUAUAAAUGUGGAAUUUUUAUCAGUUUUACUUCGUCUCUUUCCUGUAGUCCUGUAUUGUAAGUUACCAGAGGAUAAGAAAUCAUAUGGUGAAAUUUGUUUAAUUUUGUUAAACAAUCUCUUGAGAUCUAUUGUAAUUUUUAUUUGGACAUUUCGUUUUUGAGGUACAGAGAUCAAUAAAAGUAAUGGAAUAUGGGCCACUUAAAACAAUGCAUGCUGUUCCUCCCAGAUUUAUACGUAAUAAGUUAUUGAUUACUUGAGCAAGUGUAGAUGCAGAAGUGGAUGAGACAAUUUUGUGUUCAGAGUUAUAUACUUCAAUCAAUCCAUCAUCAACAUUUACUGUACAUUUGAGGUGUAAUAUUUAACUUAUCUAUCUGAAAUAUAUAUCAAAUCUUACAUGAUUGAUUUUUUUUUCUCUUCAAGGUUAAAAAAACAAACGUCAACAAUAUUUUAUUUCCAAAUUUUGAUUGGGACUGAAUACAUGUAGAAGUAACAGAAUGAGUAGCGAGUGUUGUCACAUGUUGGUUGUACAGCCACAGAUGUCUUGGUACAGAUUUUCCAGCCUGGAGCACAAAUUCAUGUGUGAAUGGUGUCCUCAACAUUGUUCUGUGUUACGAGAGAGAGAGAGAGUGUGGUGAAGAUGGGCAGUUUUACAUCAUGUUUGGAAGGUAGUCUGACCAAUCAGGGAAGCUGAUUCUCAAUCAUCAUGUGAUAGACAUAGUCAUGGUGGACGGUGUGAACUGACUGAGCUGGCUUUCGAUCAAGACAUUGGUUUUAUUUGAGUGCACAACACUCUGUAUACAUGUCUUAUUUUUGUACAGAUGUAAAGUGCUCGGCCUGUGCUUGUCAUUGACAUUGGUCACUAGGCACGGACCAGGCGUUUGUCCGGCCUAGUCUGAGGCUAGUGACCAAUGUAGAUAGACAUGACAGUGUAGGCAAGGGCAGGUAAAACUAUGGUGGAAAAAAAACGAUAAAAAAUUAAAAAAAUGACAAAAUGACUUUGUCAGUGACUGAU